AUGCCUGCAAAAGGUGGGUAUCCCUACGAACCGGAUUACGUGGUGCCUCCAGGUUGGAUUCUGGAAGAUUAUCUGGAAGCUCGGGGAAUGACUGCGGCCGAAUUGGGAAAGCUUUGCAGAAUCACGGCUAAAGAGGUUAAACAAAUUCUGGUUGGGGAAGCACCAAUAGAAAAUGAAACGGCCAAGCUGUUAGGAACCAUCUUCGAAUUGGAUGCAAAGAUAUGGCUUCGAAUGGAGGCUAGCUACCGUGAGGGGCUGAAGCAAGGGAAGAAAAUUCCCUCAUUCGAAGAAGAAACGGUUACCUAG